CUCCACCUGCCACCCCCAUCUGACUAUGCUUUGGGAUCAGGGGCCACUUUGCCCAAGCCUUGGAGGUGGAACAAGGAUGCCCACAGAGGGCCAUGCGGCCGCUGGAGGUCAGCCCCAAGACCUUCACCAGAGAGGAGGAGGAGUGUCUGCUUGAUGGAGACCUCAGGCUGGCCUCUUUGAAGGUGGGGGCAACUCCUUGGAACCGCCUCCUCACCUUGUACAAGCAGCUUCAGAAAUCAGCCAUGGCCAAGUUUCCUCUCAAGGAAGGCUUGCCUGAUGAGGAGAAAGGCAAGGAAGAGGAAAUGGAGGAAGAGGACAACUCAUUCAAGCUCUGUGUCCCAGGCAUUGUCACCCUGCAGUCACCGCUGCAUAAGACUUUUAGGUCAACAGAUAACGGUUUCGUGGAGUCGGAGUUAAAGAAGCUUCUGGCAGUACAACGGGAGUCCCGCCUCUGGAAGAUGGGCAGCCUUGAGGGCCGGGAGCUGCUGACCCAGCCAGAGAUCACCCUGGAGGAGGCAGGCAUUGUGGACGGCCAGCACUUGCUCCUGGAGGAGAUGGAUGAGAUGGGGAACUGCCUCCAGAGUGAAGCUCGUGCUGGCCCCGAGUCUGCCCUGCUCCCGGAUCCCUUCAGCCCGAGUAGGGGUUUAGCCUCCCUCUCAGGAGGGCACAUCCAAGACGCCCCUGGGCCCAAGGGGUCUUGAGAUCAAUGGUAUCCAUGUGUCUGCAGGAUGGGCCUGCCCAGCAGAAUGUCCCCACUCAUCACACUCAGACCUGUGCUAUUAUUAAUAAAGCCCACUUUGACUUUG